GUAAGAGCCUUCCCAGUCAGACUUGAAUGUGUAUGAUCUUCGGUAUAGAUUCUUUUCUCGCAGCUACAUUUCAUUCUUCCAUCUCGUGCAGCAAGCAGAAACGGAAAAUGGAAAACGAUAACCUUUCCGUUGUGUUGCAUGCUCAGGGCGAUCUCAGGCUGGAACAACGUCCAGUUCCCGAACCAGGACCUAAUGAAGUACUACUUCAGAUGCAUUCAGUGGGGAUCUGCGGCUCUGACGUGCACUACUGGCAGAAUGGGCGCAUUGGUGACUUUGUGUUGAAGAAGCCCAUGGUUUUGGGACAUGAGGCUUCAGGUCGGGUGGUCAAAGUGGGCUCUGCUGUAACACAUCUCAAGCCUGGUGACAGAGUGGCCAUAGAGCCAGGUGUACCUCGUGAGAUGGACGAAUUCUUUAAGUCUGGCCGCUACAACCUGUCUCCUACUAUAUUCUUCUGUGCCACGCCCCCAGAUGAUGGGAAUUUGUGUCGAUACUACAAACACAGUGCAAACUUCUGCUACAAACUACCUGACAAUGUAACUUUUGAGGAGGGAGCCCUGAUUGAACCGCUGUCCGUGGGGAUCCACGCCUGCCGUCGGGCCGGCGUGACUCUGGGUAGCACUGUGCUGAUCUGUGGAGCAGGUCCUAUAGGGUUGGUCUCUCUUCUGGUGGCCAAAGCCAUGGGGGCCUCACAGGUGGUUAUAAGUGACCUCUCUGCGGAUCGUCUGGCCAUGGCAAAAGAGCUUGGUGCUGAUUUUUCGCUACCUGUGAAGAGAGAAGACACACCUGAGAAUACUGCCAAACAUGUGGCCAGUUUGCUGGGUGUUCAGCCAGACAUCACCAUUGAGUGCACGGGUGUACAAAGCUGCAUUCAGACAGCCAUCUAUGCAACCCGAUCUGGUGGUGUGGUGGUUCUGGUGGGCUUGGGACCUGAGAUGGUCUCUGUCCCGCUUGUCAACGCUGCAGUCCGAGAGGUGGAUAUCAGAGGAGUUUUCCGCUACUGCAACACUUGGCCUAUGGCUAUAGCAAUGCUGGCCUCUAAGAAUGUGAAUGUUAAACCCCUGGUAACCCACCGUUUCCCUCUGGAACAAGCGGUCCAGGCAUUUGAGACCACACGUCAGGGAGUUGGGAUUAAAGUGAUGCUCAAGUGUGACAAAAAUGACCAGAACCCCUGAGGGAUGGAGCAACACUGUGAACAAAGCCAUUUCAUUUAGCAAUGCAUAAAGAUAUGCUGAAAUAAUUUUCUAUCAAAUCUUUCCAAUAACAAAAGCAAUUACUGUGUUCUGUCUUUUUCUGAUUGUAUGCAUUUACUGUACAAAUAGAGCUAUCUAAUCUACCUGUCAUUGCAACCUCAUGCACAUCAGAAGUAUUAAUAUAGAAAUUUAUUUUUGAGAAGAGUGUGGUCUUUAUUUUGUGUACCGUUUCAUGUUUGCAAAACUGUGCAUCCUGCAAACACAGCUACAAUACUAAGCCAACCACUUUAUCAUUCAGUGUAAUAUAUCACAGCAAGUGAAUAGCCAGCUACAGUGCAAAUGGAAUCUUACAAAGUGAAACUGACAAACUAAAUGAUUAUGGUUGUACAUAUGUCCUCGCACAUGAUAACAAUCUUAUAUGCGUUAAUUUGCUUCCAUUAAAUAAUGUCUUCUUA